GAGAGAAGUCGGCUACUCGGUGCGUUCAGGUCGCAGUCUUCAGUCGUCGGCGCAGGGGGGGGAGACAGGUGCGAUCCGCGGUUUAAAAAAAAAAAAAAGCGACGUUUAGCCGCCGACGGAGUCGCAUGGAUCCAUGUAACUUUUCCGCCGACGCCCGGCGGGUGACACUGGGCUGACGAAGGACGGCAGAAAGCGAGCGAGUUCACCCAGCCUCGGGGGAGUUUUCCGUCGGGACGUUUGGAGGAGUAACUGCGUCCAUAUCGAGGAGUGGGAGGAGGAGGAGGAGGAGGAGGAGGAGGGGGAGGGGGGUUUUGGAGAGAGACCACCUAACCCUCCACUGGAGUCACCUAACCCUGUGAGUUCGCUACCGUUGGACUAAAGUUUGCGAGUCCUGACUUGAGAAUACGUGUGGGUCCAGUUUAACGGGGAUGUGUGGUUAUCAUCUGCGUGGAAAAAACCAGCAGUACCCGGGAACUACAGGGACUACGUCAAACUCCCGUGGUGAAAACAGGGUUUUGUUGGGGUUUUGGUUUUUUUUCUCUCAAUCUGAAUCCGAGACGAGUCGUGGGAAUCGGAUAGUGGAUUUGUAGGACUUCAUUCAGCAAUCUACGGUUCAACCCCUCCUCCGUUCCCCUCCCUCUCGGGCCCUUCCCUUCCUCAUUCCUUUUCCCGAUUGGCUCCUGUUCCCCAGAGGGCAGAGCUAGGUAUGGGGUAAGAGAGCCAAGAGGAGACGCGGAGACGAAACACGCUGAGGAGGACCACCCAACUGCCCAGGUGGGGACAGGUGCAGGACACUGUCAUGGCGAUGCAGCGGAGGAGGCUAAAGCUUAUGGUGACAGUGAUGACGGUCAACCUCUUCAUCUUCAUCCUCAUUUUCCGACACAGCAGUCAAGACAAAAAUGGGCGUCACAAGGUCCAAAUCCCCUCCGAACCCUUCUGGGCCAAACUGGCUCCAAUGCCGGCUUACUGGAACCGCCAGCAGCAGAUUCUGGACCUUCAGAAUAAUCCCAUUCUGACAGCUAACUACAGCACCACAGACAUGCCUGAUUGGCUUACUGACACCUGGUCGACCUCUGACCCCUGCGAGCGUAACACCAGGGUUACCACUCAGGUGAAAGACUACAACUCCUUACCCGACCGCUUCAAGGACUUCCUACUUUACAUGCACUGCCGCUCCUACCCGAUCAUGGUGGACCAGCCUGAUAUCUGUAAGGAGCCACCAUUCCUACUCCUGGCUGUCAAAUCCCAGGUAUCGCACUUCGACCGCCGCCAGGCCAUCCGUCAGUCCUGGGGACGGGCGGGUAUCAUAGCCAAUCAGACAGUGGUUACUGUCUUCCUUCUUGGCAACGCCACAGCCUGGGACCACCACCCGGAUCUAUCCAGCAGUCUGCGCGAUGAGAACAGCCGCCAUCAAGACAUUAUCCAGUGGGAUUACCGGGAUUCAUUCUUCAACUUGACUGUCAAAGAAGUCCUGUUCCUGGAGUGGAUCCAGACUCGAUGCCCCGGCACUCGCUUCAUCUUCAAAGGUGACGACGAUGUCUUUGUCAACACCUACCGCAUCCUGGACUUCCUAAAGGGCCUCUCGGAGCCCAAAGCCAGGGACCUGUUUGUGGGUGACGUGAUCAGCGACGCGGGGCCACACCGAGACAAGAAGGUCAAAUACUUCAUCCCAGAGAGCAUGUACAUCGGGAAGUACCCUCCAUACGCAGGAGGCGGCGGGUACCUUUACUCUGGGGACAUCGCCGCUCGUCUGCACAGCGUGUCACAGCAUGUUCCGCUCUACCCAAUAGAUGAUGUCUACACAGGUAUGUGUCUUAAGAAGCUAGGGCUGGCCCCCGAGAAGCACAAAGGCUUCAGGACAUUUGACAUAGAGGAGAAGUACAGGUCCAACCCCUGCGCCUACAAGAGUUUAAUGCUCGUUCACCCGCGGACCCCGCAGCAGAUGAUCCAGAUCUGGGCCUGGCUCAGUAACCCUAACCUGAAAUGCCAGUGACAACUCCGCAUAGAGCCAGUUUGGGACUUACUGACAUGGCCCUAGAAAAGAAGACAUUUUCGGCUUGUUCCCAAAAGGUCAAAGUGAUAAAUAUUUUAUCUUGAACAGGGUCAUGGCUUAAAAGUUGGCAGCUUUAAGUGAAGAUGUUAUUGUAAUGGUUACUUGGAGCUUCGGCUUGGUGCAAUUGAUGCAUUAUACCUCUCAAAAUGAGGACCGUUGUGUUGUUGUGGCUCCAUUUCUCAACAUGACAGCCAUAGUAUUUUGACCUGAUGUCAGACUUGUAUAGACAAACUAACCCUGCUUUACUGUGUCAAACAAGCUUUACCCAAAGCGACCGUGUCUUUCUUUGCGUGCACAUAUUUAUAUCACAAUUAUUUAUAUGGCCUUUACAAUGCUUUAACACUGUGUGUCAGCUCCGUGAUGGAGCGUCUCAAUGCUGUAUUAUAAUAUGUAGGAAGAACUGGGAUGUGUCCACCUGGGACUCUCUUUGUUGUUUGGUCAAGGGAAAAAGACACUGUGUCAGGUUUGCAGCACAGAGUGUCUAAAUAUUCCAAACGUGCAUGAAAGAGUGAGUUCUCCACAUGCAGCAGUUUAUUGCUGGUAGCUUUAAAAGAGCUUCCCGUUGAACUCUUCCUGGUAAUUGUCGCUGGAGGCUUAGUUUGUGCUGCUAUUCCCAUCCACACUCCCCUAAGUAUUGACUUGUGACUUGCCCCAACUCAAACUCCGCUAGUUUGUCCUCACAAAGACCUGAGGAAACUUUUUUUUUUUUUCCCCCUGUUUGUUAAUGUAAAAAAACAUUUAUUCAUUCUCGAAAAAGACUUUGUUUUACCUGAAGUUCAUCGUUCAGUUUCUCAAAAAUCCAUCAGUUGCUCUCUUAAUUAUAUUAAUGAUAGUUUCUCUGACUCCCAUAAUUUGAGCUGUCUUGAAAUUUUUUAACUAGUAGAAAUAUCAUGUUACAACAAAAGUUCAAAUCACUAUACAGCUUUGAAAUGGGGAUUUUGGUGGAGUGAAUACACACUUUGUUUUCAGGAAAUAAGGGGAAUAGGAGCCCAGCUCUGUACAGCUCAGCAGGUCUGGGCUUGGCUUGACAUGGAUGGAGAAAUCUAAAUGCUGUCUAAUUCUGCUUCAAGUUUUCGCCUUACACAAAAAGAGAAAACCGCUCCUAUAAACCCUAAGUGCAUUUUCAGAGAUGUACAUUUAUAUAUAUAUAUAUCUAUAUAUAUAUAGAUAUAGAUAUAGAUACAUAGAUAUAUAUCACACAUUUUAAGCUCCCACAGUAGAGCUUCUGUAUGAAAUACUCACUAUAACUUGCUUCGUGAGUUGUUGCGUGGAAGUGUUGAAUGUUGUUAAAUAUUGCUUUACUGUGAUGUGAGUGAAUCAGAGUCAAAAAUGCUUUAAAACUGGUGGAGCACGGUGGAGCAUCAUGUCUAAGCUACUUACACUUUCGAUACUUGACAAAUUGGCUCUGUAAUGUUAACGGAUCACUUUGAAGGCUGAAUUUCAAAAAUUUUACACAGCCGUUUUUGGAGGAAAAGACUUCUUAGUGUCUUUAGUUUGGAUAGAGCCGAUUACAUCCUUGUUGAAGUUUAUUCAUUAAGAACUCGUGAUAAUUCAUAACUCCAGACAUAUUUAGUAUUUUUGUUUUGCUGUCUUACCAGUACUUCUUUGUGGAUGAAAGUUUUAAAAUGGUGGAUAAUUCAUUUGGGAAUGAAAGUCGUCUUUUUUUUUGGUUGG